CACAGACGGAGAAGCUAUAAAGACCGUGACUGGAGUCGAACAUUGAUCACAGACCCCUUCAUCAUGUCCAACACGAAGAAGCUCCGGAUUGCGAUAAUUGGAGGAGGAAUUGGAGGUUUAACCUGUGCAGUGGCACUCAGGGAUUGUCCCAACAUUGAACUUACUCUGUACGAGCAAGCCGCGCAAAUCACUGAGAUUGGCGCUGGUAUAACGGUGUGGCCUCGAACAUGGAUGUUUCUCAAAUCUAUGGGAUUAGAGGAGGAUCUGUUGACGAUACUUCCAGAGGGAUAUAGUGAUGAACCAAAGCUGGCGUUUGAAUUCCGCAUGAGCGACCGAAAAGAUGGAUUUACCUUCCAUAAGAUUUACGCAAAAGGCGGCGCGUUGUGCUUUCAUCGUCAAGAAAUUCAGAAAACGCUCCUCAAGCACGUUCCCGAACAUUGUCGCAUACAUUUAUCUCACCGCUUGUCUCGCUGCGAGGAAAGCGAAGACUGUGUGAAGAUGUAUUUCGAAAAUGGUUUGGAAGAGACUUGCGAUAUUCUCAUCGGCGCGGAUGGUAUCAAAUCAGUGACACGAGAAUUGUUCCAGAACAACGGGAUAUUCUAUACAGGUUCACAGGUAUUCCGAGGGCUGAUCCCCAAAGACGAUUUCGCGAAGUCGUACCCAACUCACAAAGCUCUAGAUGGUCCGAUACAAUACUGUGGAAAAAACAAGCACAUAGUGGUUUAUCCCAUUAGCGGAGGUCGGAUUAUCAAUGUCGUGGCCUUCUUUUCCAACCCAGUGGAUGAAGGUAAACUGGUUGAUGGUCCAACAAUAAGGAGCGCAACCACAGAGGAAGCACUUCACGAAUUCUCUGGAUGGGAGGUUGAAGUGGGACAGCUAUUAGGCAGUAUUGAGAAACCAUCUCGCUGGGUAAUUCGAGAUCUACGCCCUAUGAAAACAUAUGUAUCCCGCAGAAUCGCCUUGGUAGGAGAUUCCUGUCACAACAUGACGCCCCAUCUAGGUGCAGGUGCAGGUCAAGCAAUGGAGGAUGGAUAUGUGUUGGGCCGACUAUUCUCUACAGCGGGCCCAGAAAAGUGGGAGCGCAUUCUCCAGGCUUACAACCAUGUUCGUCAUCCGUUUGGGACUAAGAUUCAGAGAAAUGCGCGCGAACAAGGCUUCUACUAUGAGUUGAAUGCGCCUGGAUUUGAGAAUAUCACGACCAUGGGACAAGAGUUGAGUCCGGAGCAAAUUUCUUUGCUACGUACCAGUAUCACGCAAAAUUGGUCUUGGUGGGAGGAAGAUGCCGACGAAGAUUUAGCGCGAGCGGUUGAGUUUUUGAACGUGGAUUCAGAGAGUUGAGUAGAUAGUGAUGUUUUCAUGGGGCAUACUACAUAGUCUGGGUACAUAAUUCCCCAUGAUAUUAAUGCAGCUUUAGGCUAGUUAGGAAAAACAAUGCGCAGCAGACAGUGGCACGGCCUAAUAUCCGGUGCUUCGGAC